AUAGCGACCUGAGCCACUCAGUGUACAGGCAAACAUCUGACUCGCGCCAUCUCUUCUUUCCUCCCUGCUGGACGACCCGUGUCUGGGUCGUUCCUCACCCCCUGUCACCUGUCGCACCCUGCCUCUGCUACCUCUCGUACCUCCAGCUGUCGCACGUCGCUAUUGAGCAGCAUACGACCUGUUAAACCCUGCCUCUGUUUCUGUCGCAUUCAGGUCCCUCUCGCCCCCCUGUCACCUGUCGCACCUCAUCCCUGCUUGCUGUCGUACCUCUGUCCCCUCUCCACUAUCUCAUCGUCCACCAGCAUCAAUAGAAGGGUAGAUCAGCGAAUAGAAGUGAAUCUCUUACAAGUGCCUCACGAAGAUAGAAGGUAGAAGUAGUCCUGGCGGAUGCCUGUCACCAGGUAUUUUUGUGUCUCCUAGGAGUCUCCUAGCAACAGGAUGGAUUUCUCACAGAGAUGAACAUCUCAGGAACUGAAGGAUAGAACAGCGGAUAGAAAGGACAGAAUAGCGAAUAGAAGCGGAUCUCUGAAAAGUGGUUCUCACGAAGAUAGAACUUGGCGUUCUGGUGAAUGCAUAUCAUUCAUGCUGGAGAUCAGUGUCUCUCUUAGUGUUCCGUGGUCUCCCAGCAGUAGCAAGAUGGUCAUCCCUCACAGAUAAACACCUCAGUGACGUGUGUGUGCUAAGUUAAAACACCAGCCCCUCUGUCCUCACUGUUUGUGUGUUUUGAUGGAAUGAUUCGCACACAAACUAUCAACUAAAAACAGUGGAAUACAAUUCACAACCAACCCAGUUCGGACAGGAAGAUUGAAUUUUAUUAGUUAAAAUUAAAGUAUUGAAGAAGUUCAGUGAAGUGUAGAGGCAGCGUGUGAGGCUGUGAAGUUCCUGGCACAGUUACCAGCGUUACUGUCUGACGUAGACCUGGUCAAUUAGGCUGUGGCUGCCAGCAAGUCUAAGGCCUACAUAACCUCCAGUGUUUUUUUUUUCUGUAAUUACGUUGGCUGAUAUUUGGAAGAGAGGUAUUUUUGGGGGGAUGAAGUGUGUGUGUGUCGAGCACUUGGCUUUCACAACAGUGGAUCGAGCUUUCAACAGGUGGUAUACAGAACAAUAAAAGAAUACAGGGACUCAUACCAAUGUGUUUACAAGAGUGUGUAAAGCUCUUUCUCCCUAGGGUACGUCUUAAGGUUCAGUUUAGAGCUUUGCCUCGAGGCUCUACGUGGAGUUUGUGGUGAGAGCAUCAGGUCAAAGAUGAGUGUAGUGAACGUAGACACUCUUGGAGGGUCAUGCAAGUGAUGUAGAGAGCUACAGAGCCACAAAUAUGACUGAAAAUGUCCCUACAAGCCAGUGUAGUGAUGUACCCUCGACUGGCUUUACUUGUGUCUCCCACCACCUGGCUUCUGGCUUAUCUGCCGGUGCGGCAAGCCACUCUCUGGCUUUCUCAAAGGACGCCUCCUUGACAGACACAGCCAGACACACAGACGACUACCCACAUACACACACACAGACAGACGAACACCCACAGAGUUUCACAGACUCUGUUGACACACCUCACAGCCAGACAGAUACCUCAGCAGACAUUCACAGCCAGCUGGAGACCACAGCAGACAUUUACUGUCAGCUAGAGACCACAGCAGACCACAGACAAUUAGAGACCACAGCAGACCACAGACAAUUAGAUACGAUAGUAGACCUGGGGAACUUGAUCGGUAUGUCUGAGGUGGUCGGGGACCUGUUUGACCAUGACCAGCAGAAUGUAUCACCCACAGUGCUGGAUUGUGGUCAGGGUCACCAGCAGGCACACACGACCAGCCACGAUCAGUGCCAAUACCACGACCAGUGCCACGACCAGUGCUACGACCACGACCAGUGGCACCACUCUGCAGACACAACCACAGCACACACAGAUCACUAUGGGUCUCAGACCACAGAAUACAAAGUGUACGUCCACCAACAGACCAUACCAUCUGAGACCAGCCAGGGGUCACAGUAUGACCUGACCAAUCAGAGGUCACAGUAUGACCUGCCCAGCCAGGGGUCACAGGAUGACUUGACUAGCCAAAGGUCACAGGACAUGACCAGCCGAAGGCCACAGGAUCUGAUCAGCCAGAAGUCACGGGAUGACCUGACCAACCAGAGGUCACAGUAUUACAUGACCAGCCAGGGAUCACAGGAUGACCUGACCAACCGAAGGUCACAGGAUGACCUGACCAGCCAUAGGUCACAGGAUGACCUGACCAGCCAGAGGUCACAGGAUCUGGUCAGCCAGAAGUCAUGGGAUGACCUGACCAACCAGAGGUCACAGUAUGACUUGACCAGCCAGGGAUCACAGGAUCAUCUGACCAACCGAAGGUCACAGAAUAACCUGACCAUCCAGAGGUCACAGGAUGACCUGAUCAGCCAGAGGUCACAUGACAGUUGGAGGUCACAGGAUGACCUGACCAGCCAGGGGUCACUGGAUGACCUGACCAGCCAGGGGUCACUGGAUGACCUGAUCAGCCAGGGGUCACUGAAUCUGACCAACCAGAGGUCACAGUAUGACCUGACCAGUCAGAGGUCACAGUAUGAUCUGACCAGCCAGAGGUCACAAGAUGACCUGACCAGCCAGAGGUCACAAGAUGACCUGACCAACCAGAGGUCACAAGAUGACCUGACCAUCCUCCAGAGGUCACAUGAUGACCUGACCAGCCAGAGGUCGCAGGAUGACCUGACCAGCCAUAGAUCACAAGAUGACCUGACCAGCCAGAUGUCACAAGAUGACCUGACCAGCCAGAGGUCACAGGAUGACCUGACCAGCCAGAGGUCACAGGAUGACCUGACCAGUCAGAGGUCACAGGAUGACCUGAUUAGCCAGAGGUCACAGGAUGACCUGACCAGUCAGAGGUCACAGGAUGACCUGACCAGUCCGAGGUCACAGGAUGACCUGACCAGUCAGAGGUCACAGGAUGACCUGACCAUUCUCCAGAGGUCACAGGAUGACCUGACCAGCCAGAGGUCACAGGAUGACCUGACCAGCCAGAGGUCACAGGAUGACCUGACCAGUCAGAGGUCAAGGGAUGACCUGAUUAGCCAGAGGUCACAGGAUGACCUGACCAAUCAGAGGUCACAGGAUGACCUGACCAUUCUCCAGAGGUCACAGGAUGACCUGACCAGCCAGAGGUCACAAGAUGACCUGACCAGUCAGAGGUCAAGGGAUGACCUGAUUAGCCAGAGGUCACAGGAUGACCUGACCAAUCAGAGGUCACAGGAUGACCUGACCAAUCAGAGGUCACAGGAUGACCUAACUAGACAGAUAUCACAGGAUGACCUAUCCAGCCAGAGGUCACAGGAUGACCUAACCAGCCAAGGGUCACCCGAUGACCUAACCAGCCAGGGGUCACAGGAUGACCUAGCAUACCAAAAGUCAAAUGAUGGCCUGCUUUAUCAGAGGCUACAAGAUGCUUUCUUGACCCAUCAGAGGUCACAGGAUGCCUUCUUGCCCCAUCACAGGUCACAGGAUGCCCUGCCCCAUCAGAGGUCACAAGAUACCUUCCUGCCCCAUCAGAGGUCACAGGAUGCCCUUCUGAUUCGUCAGAGGUCACAGGAUGCCCUCCUGAUUCGUCAGAGGUCACAGGAGGCCCUCCUUAUUCGUCAGAGGUCACAGGACGCUCUUUUGCCCCGCCAGAGGUCACAGGAUACUAUUCUGAACCUUGGACGUUCAGUUUCACACGGAGGUGCAGAGGGUUUCCACCCUCCAGUGAGGCGGUUAUCAGACCUCCGGAGCCUCACAAUGACUCUUGGACUCCAGAUACAUGGUUCCAUCCUCAGCCUGGCCUCUGACAAGACUCGCAGACAGUCUGAGCAAAUGGUCUCUCUGAGCUUCAAGUCACUUGAGUCUUACAUCUGUGAGGACAACUUCAGUGGUCUGCAGACCUUCCUGGCUACCAGGUCAGUGGUCAUUGAUGACAAGGAUGAGAAUGGUGCCACGGCACUCAUCCUGGCUGCUGCCAGAGGCAAGACUGACAUGUGCAGGGAACUCAUUCUUCAUGGUGCUGAUGUUAAUGCUGAAGAUAAUGACCAAUGGUCAGCAUCCAUCACAGCUAGCAAGGAGGGCCAUGAGGAGACCGUGGCCACACUGCUGGACCAUGGUGCCAAUAUACACCACAAGGACAUGAGGAUUGUAGAAAUUCUUCUGAGGAACCCCAAGAACAGUCAGAUGUUGUACCGUCCCAACCGUGCAGGGGAGACCCCAUACAACAUUGACCUCUCCAACCAGAAGACCAUACUGGGCCAGAUCUUUGGUGCACGUCGUCUGAACACUAACGAAGAUAAUGAGAACAUGUUGGGCUACGACUUGUACUCUUCCUCCAUGGCUGACAUCCUCAGUGAACCUUCACUCUCCAUGCCCAUUUCUGUUGGUCUUUAUGCCAAGUGGGGCUCCGGCAAGUCCUUCCUUAUUAGAAAACUGAAAGAGGAGAUGGGUAGCUUCGCACGUCAGUGGGUAGAACCACUGUUUCAGUUUUCACCGCUGGUGGUGCUCCUGGUGGUGCACCUGGCACUCCUGGUUGGCCUCAUCUCGGCCGUGCCGACCUUCAGUUGGGUGGUUGGGUUGGCGACGGGCGGCGGUUGUGUUCCUGGUGGUCGACCCUCUUCUUAG